CUGCGAUAAAUAUAUUUUAGUAUUACAAAAGAUCGCCGAAAGGGUCAGGACCUAAUUAAAAUGUCUCUUUCGGCCACCAUGAUGAGCCGCUUGUCAUUGCUGGGUAGGUUUUCAAGCCUUCCAGUUAGGACCCUGCCAGCGGCUUGCUCCCAGACACAGCCGAUGAGAUGUCUUCACGAACACAAAGAUGCAUCCACACAAACACAGUCACAAUGCACAAGUGUGGUACCAUAUAGGCAUCAGAGUACAUCAGCAGCUCCAGCUAAGAAAGGUGGAAUCAACCUGAACAAUGCAGCAGACUUUGUCGUUGCUAAAGCUGAUGAUGUCAUCAACUGGGCAAGAAGGAGUUCUCUGUGGCCCAUGACCUUUGGCCUUGCUUGCUGUGCUGUGGAGAUGAUGCAUUUCGCUGCUCCCCGUUACGACAUGGACAGGUUUGGUGUGGUAUUCCGAGCCAGUCCUCGCCAGGCUGACGUGAUGAUCGUUGCUGGUACCCUGACCAACAAGAUGGCUCCGGCUCUUAGGAAGGUGUACGAUCAGAUGCCCGAACCAAGAUGGGUUAUCUCAAUGGGAAGCUGUGCAAAUGGAGGUGGUUACUACCAUUAUUCUUAUGCUGUUGUCAGGGGUUGUGACAGGAUUGUUCCGGUUGAUAUCUACGUCCCAGGUUGCCCUCCGACGGCCGAGGCUCUUCUCUAUGGUGUCCUUCAACUACAGAAGAAGAUCAAACGAGCCAAGAAUAUCACAAUGUGGUAUAGGAAAUAAAAACCUAUACUCUUCUUUGUAUGUCGAAGAAUUUUUAAAAAGUGUUCCCUACUAUGUAUCAUUUCAUUGUACAGAAAUUUAAGAAUUGCCUUCCAUAAAGAAAGAAAACUAUCCCCCUGCCAUAGUUGAUCUAUUUAUACAUACAUGUAGCUAUAUCAUUAAUCAGUUACGAGUUGAAUUCUGUCAACAGUUUCCUUUGCCUUGGUGGCUUGCUCUCUGUUGAAUAAUAUUCUAUUACAUUGAAGUUUUUUUCUUUAUUGCCAUUGAUAAUGAAUUAUCUACGGUUCCCUGUUAUAUUUUUCCUUUCAAAAUGUAAUAUUUGUACACAAUUUGGAACGAGCAACAGGUUUAUCAUAACAGAUAAUUCUCCCCUGUUUUCGCAGAUGGUAAGUGUCCCUGACAAACAAGUCGAUACUCAUAAAACUAGUAAUAUUUGCUGUUAAAUUCUUUUCUGAACUUUUCAUUUAUAUGAAUAACUUAUGAAGUAUCUUCAGAUACAUUGAUGAUCAGAGAAUAGAUGCAUGAAAAUUGAUUCAUUAAUUACCUUUUUGAUAGUAUAACAUCCCCAUAAAUGACCCCCUACCUGUUACUGUGCAAGAUAACAUAAAUCUUGUCGGAGUCAGGUGUAUUGAUCACUGAAUGGAAAGAAUUUAGAUGGCAAAAGUGUUUCUGGAAACACAUAUAUUGUAUAAAUAAAUCUGGUUUCAAUGUGAA